AUAAGGUUGAAAAUCGAAAACAAUUACGGUUCCCGGAAAAGGCGUCAUUAGAUACUCUUUCAGAAUUGUUGUGCAACAACUUUGCUAGAUUUACUAUUUCCACAUAAAAUCAAUAGUUGACCGUCAAACUAUACGCUAGGUAAGGUCAUCUUUCAGAAGGUAGGAAACAUUUCCUGAAGUGACAAACAGGUAUAAAAUAUGGAGGAAGAUGCAGAAGGACUAGACAGCUUAAUUAAGCAGAAAAAAUCUCGACCAAAAUAUGCUCGUAUCAUUUCAAUGGAGUUCAGUAAGAAUGAACUCCACCAAACAUCUGAGUCGAGAAAGAAACAUAGAAGUAGGGGUCAUUCAAACCAGAUGGUAGCGAAUCUGGAUAAGGAUUCUGAUGAUUCUGAUGGUAGUGAAUAUUAUUCUGCAGAAGAAGAGUUCCUGUUUACAUCGUCCUCCUCUAGUAUCUCAACAGACGAUGAAUCAGUGGAGACUUUAGAUCAAAGUAGUGAUUCUGUCUUUGACUCUUUACAAUCAAGUUGUAGUUCAAAUUUUUCUCAAGCAGAAAGUCCUCAUUCUCAAAUCAAAUCAACUCAAGAAAGACAAAGAGCUCCAAGUAAGAAACAAAAACGGAAGAGAAAACAAUCAGGGAAUGCUACAGGUGGUCAGUCAGGUUUUGGUUUUUUACCCUUUUGCAAUAUUGAAAGCUUUGACAUAGAACUAAGUGAAUUAAGAGAGGAAAUAGUUGACCUUGAAACAAAUAUUCUAAAACCAGUUCCUUCACUUGUAGAACUUUGUAUAUCAGCCUCAAAACGCCUGGCAAAAACACAUUCUUUUAUAAACGUACCAAAGUCAAUAAAGAGAAUAUUACAACUUGGCAGUUCUUCUCAUUCCUUCCGUCAGCUUCAGUUAGAUUAUUUAUUUAAUGUGUUAGAAGCAUCACAUACAAGUAUCAUUCAUGUCUAUGAUAAAGACAAGUCUGUAAACCUAUUGCCUCAUCGUAACAUUUGGAGUAUUGGCUGUGGUGUAGACGAAUCUUUUUUCGAUGAUAUAGUUCAAGGUAGUAAAUCAUCAUCCUACUUCCUGUGUUGCUAUGACUACCAAUGCUGGAAUAAUUUCACAGGGAGCACGAUCUAUCUUAAUAGGUACAAUCGAUGCAAACAGAUUUCAGCAUUGGCCCAUAUCAUUGAUCUGAUGUUGCCAGCCAGAUUAGCAGGAAAUAAACAUAUGAGGAGACGUCACAAAUCAGACACAAACUGUCAGUCUGCAGAAAUGGAGCAAAAUCUGAAAAGAAUCCAGCAGUAUAUCAGGAAUAGAUGUUCAAGGGAUUCAAAGGAAAAUGACAUUGUAUUUGCUGACAAAUCUUUUGACCUAGUUUUUCCUUACGUGCUGUGGGCAAGAGGUGAUCUUAGGCAGGCCUCCCAAGCCUUCCUAAAAUUAGUUGACAAUGAGUCUAAAGUGAGGGUAAAAGCAAUGUAUCUAUCUGAAGCAGGAAGGAUGUUUCUACAGUUUGGAGACAGUGAUUCUGCUGUUAGAUAUUUCCAUUUAGCCAAAGAUGCGUUAGCAACAAAACAAAAACACAACAAACAAGACAUUGUGGCAGAAAUUGACAGACAAACUAGGAUGCUAUGUGCUGCCUCUAAUGAUGUUGGUUUAUUAAGUUACCAGAAAGCAGAUCGAUCAUUGGCAGCUUGGAUGUCAGCCAUAUCUACACAAUUACCAGAAUCUAUAGAGUGUGCUGGUCCCCUUUCUGCUUUUGAUGCAUUCUUGUGUUAUUUUGGAAGUUAUUGGCAUGAGGCGACUGGUUCCCUGUAUGAUGAGGCUAUUAAACGUUUACAGACUCUGACAGAGAAAGAAAAAUAUCUGUACUAUUAUCUAUCCAUGGUGUAUGCAUUACAGGGUAAAGCCGAGGAGUCAUCAAAAAUGUAUCGCAGAUUUACUGCUAAUGUAUCAUCAAAAAGUCCUCACCCAGGAUCAACCAGUUUUAGACACAACAUUAAAAAACCAUGGCAACCACUGAUAGAUAAGGUCAUAGACCAGGGGACACUACUUACACCAUUGAAGGUCGUCUGGAGGAUACAACUGUUACUACCUAAAUGUUCUGAGCCUCAGAAGGAGCAUGCACAGUUGUAUGAUCAAUAUCCACACGAAGCUGAUAGAAGAAGCAGUGACCUGAACUUACGGAUUAGUGGAGAUGGUUACUUGACUGGUGAUUUACAGAUGGUGCUGCCACCUAUGAGGGGAAUCUAUCUUGAUUUGUACACAGGAAAAAUACAUCUGACUUCAAUUCCAUCCUCAACAGAAGUUUGGAGACAGUACCAGACAUUUAAUAUGUGUUACUUAAAUAAACACGAUAAUCCUCAGUUAAUACAAGCUACAACAUCACUCCUACCAACCAUGACAGAGGUGUACAGAGGGCCUUUUGGUGAAACUGUUCACCUGAUUCAUACCAACAUGUAUGGAUGUGUAUCAAGGAUACCAAGUGAUUUUAGCAGUAACCCAAACCUUUGUCAUCUUGUGUGGACAGGUACAGAUGGACAAAAAACAAAAAUGAAUGUUUACCAUCGACUAAGGUGGUUCAAAUGUGAGAAUGUACAAACCAAGUUGAAAGAGUUCACCAGUAUGGAUAAGGAUCAGAAAGCUGAGGUUCUGAGAGCAAUGAGAAAGUUUAUCAACAGAGGAUGGUCGUUUACUGAACCAGCUUUUCAUCCUCUGACUGGAGACCUAACAUCUACUGGUAACCUGGAGCAGUAUAUUAAAUAUAAACUCCAGAAAAAACAAAAGGACAAAAAGCAGACUGAUAAAAAAGGCAAGAAGAAACAAAUAAAGAAAGAAAAUAAACCUCUGUCAUCAUUCGAUGUGUUCUCUGUCAUCGAUGUCUGUGUAUUUAAUAGAGGACUUGUGUUGGCUUUGAGUUAUGACAAUCAACAUCUACUCAUGAUAUUGAAUACAACAACGAGAGAAUUAUUUAUGAAACCAUCCUUUGUAAAUCUGAGCCAUCAAUUUAUACAUUUUGCCAAACAAACACCAAUGAUGAUGAAGAGAUCAGAUUGUUUCUGUAUCUAUAGUGCCAAUGUUACUGGGUCUGCAGAUGGGAUGUAUAUUACAUAUGACAGACAUGGUGAAAUGAUUAAUGAUAAGUUACAUACCAAACUUCUGACUGAUACAAAACAGAUGGAUCCUAUAACUCAUGAGAGUACAAUGUAUAGUCUGACCAUGAGUAAUAUGUUGUUAAGUUCUUGCAAUGGUUUCCAGAAUGAAGUAGAUUACUUAGGAGAAAUUUUCAGCAUGGGUUCUGUGGCAGAUAUAUUGGUUCUCCUGACAACCUCAGGGGAGGUUAAAUUUGUUGAUCUUCCCUCGUUACUACCACUAAGUCCUAUACUGAACAAGCCUCUUGAUAACAACUUUUGGGAGAAAGACGACUUAAAAAUUCUAGACAAAAUAAAAUUCACGACAUUUAAAGUUGUUGGAGAAGGCAGUUUCACUGAUGACAUUGGCAGGACCUAUACAAGAGCUGCCAUUGCUGUGGAUAAUCUACUGCUUGUUUUAAAGAUUCACAGGGAGACAAUAGAUUCUGAUGCAGUGGUCACUAUAACACAGUCAAUAACACUGGCAGGACAUCCUAAAGAAAUACACUUUAUCAACGAAACAGUUGGAUUUUUACUGACAGUAACCCAACACUUUCAAACAAACCACAAUUACAGAGAAAACUUGUAUCACUACCUCCAUGAAGGUCAGCUUAAACAGGUUCUCCUGUGUUUAGGACGUGGACCAAGGUCAUUUCUGACCGUUUAUCUACCUGAGAAUAGUGAACAUGACUUCAGUGACCCUGACCAUGGGAAGGCAGGAUGGAGGAUCUACAUGAGAGAUGGACAUGGGGGAAUUAUCUGUGUAUUAUUACAAUGAUAUUACAAUAACUUUAUUAUAUAUUUAUAAUUAUAGCUUAUUUAGACUGUACAGGACAUCUCAUCCUUAAUUUAAUUUUCAAUACCCUAAUCAUCAAAUCACAUUCUUCAGAGGAGGAUGUGUCGACUUAUUGCAAUUGUGACUUUUUGAGAUAUUAAGCUGGGCCCUGUUAAUGUUUGUUAGGUUUAUUAUUUUAAUCAGUGAUGUGUUUGUUAUAGUUGGUAUCAUCAAUACUCUUUAAGCACUCAUGUGAAAUAGAAUUUAAUAAUCUGUGUUGCUGAGAAGCUUAUACUAUAUUUUGAUAUUCCAAUUAGAGACUUAGGAAUUUCAUGAACCGUAAAAGGAACGAAAGAGGUUUUGUUGACAGGAUAUGCAUCUCAUGCUAUGCACCCAUCAACCUCCAUCCAAAUCCACAUUCAGUGUCAGGAAAAGGAUGCAAUUUGAAUCACGGAUGAUAAGACUAGACUGUUUGGAAAACCAUUUUGAUCCAAGAACAUAGUCCUCUUGACUAAGGAAUACCUGUAACAAUACCACUAUUAAUUUUAGAACACAUUACACUUGAAUUUAAAUAGAAUACAAAUAAAUGACUUUCAGGAUAGAGCUAUUGACAAUUAUUUGUUUAAAUAUCUAUGUGUGUAAUCAUUUAUUUUGUAUAUGAACAUUUUUUUAUUAAAGGCACUUUAUCCUAA